CUAGAUGAGGUUCGGGGAGGAGUCUACCGCCAGCUCUUCCACCCCGAGCAGCUGAUUACUGGGAAGGAGGAUGCUGCCAACAACUAUGCCCGUGGGCACUACACCAUCGGCAAAGAGAUCAUCGACCAAGUGCUGGACAGGAUCCGGAAGCUGGCUGACCAGUGCACGGGACUCCAGGGAUUCCUUGUGUUUCACAGCUUUGGAGGUGGCACUGGUUCUGGAUUCACCUCCCUGUUGAUGGAGCGACUCUCUGUUGACUAUGGCAAGAAGUCUAAGCUGGAGUUCUCCAUCUACCCUGCACCACAAGUCUCCACUGCUGUGGUGGAGCCCUACAACUCCAUCCUUACUACCCACACUACCCUGGAGCACUCAGACUGUGCAUUCAUGGUGGACAACGAGGCCAUCUAUGACAUCUGCCGCAGGAACCUGGACAUCGAGCGCCCAACCUACACCAACUUGAACAGACUCAUCAGCCAGAUUGUCUCAUCCAUCACAGCAUCACUGAGGUUUGAUGGAGCCCUGAAUGUUGACCUGACCGAGUUCCAGACCAACCUGGUGCCCUACCCUCGCAUCCACUUCCCUCUGGCCACCUAUGCCCCUGUCAUCUCAGCAGAGAAGGCUUAUCAUGAGCAGCUGUCGGUGGCUGAGAUCACCAACUCCUGCUUU